GCGGUGGGCGGGGGAGGUACUUUAGCUGGGCAGAUACCCGCAUAUAUGCUACCAGCAAAUCUUAACGGAGAGCAAGGCACACAUCGAAUCAGCAAACAAGUAACACCAACCUAACGAGGUGAUAAAGGUUCUUUGUAUUAGUUAAAUAAUAUCAGCUGAGGACAUCAUGGCUGACAGGAAGGCUGUGAUCAAGAAUGCUGACAUGUCCGAGGACAUGCAGCAGGAUGCUGUUGACUGUGCCACGCAGGCCAUGGAGAAGUUCAACAUCGAGAAAGAUAUCGCUGCAUACAUUAAGAAGGAAUUUGACAAGAAGUACAAUCCCACGUGGCAUUGCAUUGUGGGAAGGAACUUCGGGAGCUACGUAACGCACGAGACUAAGCACUUCAUCUACUUCUACCUGGGGCAAGUUGCCAUCCUGCUCUUCAAGUCCGGCUGAGCUGCUGGAUAUCAACUAUAAACCAGGACUGUAAUGCACUAAUGGCUAACGCCACACCUCUCCACACACUGACAAAAUAUAAAAGAUAAAACACACUACAAAACUGGCUGUGCGCAUAUGCAUGGACCGUGUACAAUAUUUAAUGUGUAUAUGUUGCAGAAAAAUCUUUUGCCUUUCUUAGUUGCUUGGGAAAUAUGAGCAACAGAUUUUUGUUGAUGCUUUUAUUUUCCUUUUGUUGCAGUCGAGUUGUAAAAAUGCUUUAACGGUGGCCUUUAAGUGGAUAAUAAAAUAUAGUUGUACACAAUGUAAAAUGAAUGUGGUCUUGCAUCUGCUAAAUAUGGAAAUAUGGUUUUGCAGAUUUAGGUGAAAGGGGCCAUUCAUUAUUGUACAGUGUUACAUAAAUACCACUAAUCUUUCCCUUUCUUUUCAAAUUUCUCCUUUUUCCAAAGUUGCAUUCAUCAUGAAUCACACAAGCAGGAGGAGGAAUUGAAUAGCCUGUAUGAAUAGCAUUUUUCUUUGAUUUCAAAAUGUGGGAAAACUCUAAUGUAUUAUUGGAUUAGCAUUUCCUAAAACCACUGGAAGAUUGAAGAUGGUUAAAUUGCUUCAUGAAUGUUUCCCACUGUGCUCUUUUCUGUGUUUGGUGGUUGGGCAUGGGUGCCCUUGUCUAAUUUGUAGGAGAUUCAAAAGUGAAUAAAAUAAUCACUCAUUUUGUCCCUUC